AUGGAAAAGACCAAUUACAAACUUAAGCUCGUUCGAGUAGAAGAGUCAAGCGCAUGUAAGAAGCUUGGCUCCGGUAAGUGGUUGGAACUAGAUGAGGUAGAAUAUAUCGACCCGAAUGCAAAAGUCGUGAGAAAAUGGGAGGUUUGCAGGAGGAUAACCCCGUCCACCACGAAAGGUGAUAAGAGAGAAAUCGAUGCAACCGAUAUACACGGGAUUAUUCGUGCUCCGAAUUCUCCACCGUUAACAGUUUUGGUGGUUCAAUAUCGACCGGCCAUUGGGAGAUAUUGUAUAGAGUUUCCCUCGGGUAUAAUUGAUGCUCAAGAGACAGUUGAGGCCGCAGCAUUACGCGAGCUUCGCGAAGAAACGGGUUAUACUGGCACAGUUAAAAAUGUAUCAGACCCUAUCUGCUACGAGCCUGGACUAACAGAUUCAAUGACCAAAAUUGUUGACGUCGAGAUUGACCCUAAUUCGGCUGACAAUAUCGCUCCUGAGCAGCUGUUGGAUGAGGACGAAUGGAGUCUACAGGUGAUAAAAGUUCCACUGGAAAGGUUAUAUGAAGAACUACGAGAAUUGCAACAUCGACACAACGAAAGCUUGUAUAUAGAUAGCAGAUUAUACGCAUAUGCUUAUGGGUUACAUGUCGCGAGAAAUAUCUUGUAA